GCGCAUUAAUUGACAAAGUUGACCAAGUUCCAUACCUAGCUGUGGCGCCAGAUAUUAAAUGGAGACAAAAACGUGUGAACUUUGCGGCAAGAAAAGCAGCAGCAGUGAUGUUGAUACUUUUGCAUUUGGCAAGUGGAUGACUAGGCAGAAGCUAACCGUCCACUACUACUGCUUGCUUUUAUCUACAGAUCUGCCCCAACGCGGUGGCGACUCGUGCGGCAUUCUGGGCUUCAUGCUGCGCGACAUUCGCCAGGCAGCCGCCGCCGCCAAGAAAAAAAUUUGUUGCUUCUGCAAAAAGACGGGCGCCAACAUAGCAUGCCAGAAGUGCUGCAAACGCUUCCACUUGGCCUGCUCCUUGGACCACCAUGGCACCUCAGAGUUCUGUGGAGAGUUUCACAGCUACUGCGAAGAGUGCACACCGCUGGACGACUACCAGCGACAGCUGUUGGCCAAUCCGCCAAAGAAUCAAAACUGCGACAUUUGUUCGCAGGUGAUUCGGCCCUUCAACCUGCACAGAGUCUCCUAUGGAGACUGCUGCCGUAAAGGCUUUGCCCACCGGAAGUGCAUGCGUGGGUACGCCCUGACCUCGGGCUACUAUCUGCGCUGCAUCUGGUGCCACAGUGAGAAGUUCCGCGACAUCAUUCGCAAGCAGUCGAUCUUCGUGCCGGACCGCGACGCCACCUGGGAGCGGCAGAAUAACGCUUACAAGGAGCUGCACCGCAAGCACAUGCGAUGCGUCCAGGAAACGUGUCUAUGCCCCAACGGACGAGACUUCAACAAGAAUACCUGGACCAUAUGUCCCUGCAAGCUGUGUUUCUCGACCGGAGCACACCUGAAGUGUGUGGCAGGCAUUUCGAGGCAGGCGCGUGGCACCGAGGCCGUAGACUUCAUUUGCGAUAUCUGCCAGGACGUUGAGAAAAAGAUUCUGCUGAGUAACCAGCACCGUUCCAUGCGCACAGCCUUGGACAUUGACCCAACGGAGGAGGGACAAAUCGAUAUAUCCUUUUAUGUGUCCAAGUCCACACACGAUCCGUCAGUGCACUCAAACAGCAACGCGGUGCCGAUUUUCUCCGACGAUGAAAGCUCGGUUUCAGAUGUCAGCGUCAUAACGGUGAUUGCAUCCCAAGAAAGGGCAAAGAAGCUCGAUUUAGUGGAAGCACCGAAGAAAUUGGAAGAAGAGAUAAUCGUGCUCCCUGAUUCCCAAUUGACAUCGCAGCCUGAUCUGGAAUCUUUCUCAGGUCUAGCCAUGUGGCAGACUGUCACCGAGCCAGCACCAGCACCCGAUCCAUCAGUGCGCUCGAACUCUGGCUUUUUCCUGGCUCAUGAAAGGGCAAAGAAGCUCGAUUUAGUGGAAGCCCCGAAGAAAUUGGAAGAAGAGAUAAUCGUGCUCCCUGAUUCCCAAUUGACAUCGCAGCCUGAUCUGGCAUCUUUCUCAGGUCUAGCCAUGUGGCAGACUGUCACCGAGCCAGCACCAGCACCCGAUCCAUCAGUGCACUCGAACUCUGGCUCAGUUUCGGUUUUUUCCGACGAGGAACAAUCUCAAAAUUUCGCCAGCAACGUGAUGACAGUGCUGGAAUCCCAGCAGACAUCCAGCGGUGCCACUAACGAAGAGGAAACGGUCACAUUGCCACUAAAUAGCUCGGACCCGACACCUGACGUUCAAUCCCAUUGCCAGUCUGAUCAGGAAUCGGAUCCAGGUUUGGUCAUAUCGAAGUCCUUUUCCUGCCCCGGCGAGCCAUUCUUCUAUGUGGUAGUCCUUACGUUUGACGAGCGUCGGCCGGAACGUUGCACUGGCUCCUGCACCCUUCGCUUUGCCGAUGCGGACCCUAGGCUCAAGGAUCGAUCUCUCGAGGCCUUACAAAGUCUACAAAUCACCAGAGAAGACAUUUGGUCUCGAUCCACAAAUCGCGGCGUCCUUGAACUAAUUCAUCUGGAAAAUAGAGAUUAAUUGUUUAUUUGUUAUCAUUUGCUAUAAUUAAUUGUUCGAAUAUCUUGUAGACACGAGAUAUUUUUCACUCUCUCAUAGCCUUUCAAUAACAUUUCCAAUAAAGAUAAGUCUUGAAAAUCAGUCAA